ACCAAUCCUCCCCUCCCCACCAAAACCUCCUCAAUACUUCACUAGCUAAGACAAAACACACACUCUUUGCUUCUCUCUGGCUUCUGUGUUUGUACAUCUCAGAAAGAAACCCUAAGGUGUGUUGGUGAUGAAGGAGAAGGUGAUGAUGGAGGAGGAGAGGAAAGGGGAGAGGAAAGGAAAUGAUCAAGCUGCAGUGAUGGCGAUAGGAGCUGCUCAUGAUGAUGAGCAGUUUGAUGGUGAGAAAUGGGUGCAUGAUUCUUCCAUUGAUCACAAGGGGAGGAUCCCUCUUAGGGCUUCCACUGGUGCUUGGAGAGCCUCUCUCUUCAUCAUUGCUAUCGAGUUCAGCGAGAGGCUGAGCUACUUCGGGCUAGCAACAAGCCUGAUCAUUUACCUGACCAAGGUCAUCCAUCAGGAUCUGAAGACGGCAACAAAGAGCGUGAACUAUUGGGCUGGUGUGACCACAUUGAUGCCGCUGUUUGGGGGGUUCUUGGCAGAUGCUUACUUGGGUCGAUACUUCACGGUCCUCGCUUCCGCAAUCAUUUAUCUCAUGGGCUUGACACUCCUGACCAUGUCCUGGUUCGUUCCAAGCUUAAAGCCAUGUGAAGGCGAGGAAGUAUGCCAGCAACCGCGGAAGAUUCACGAGGUUGUUUUUUUCCUAGCAAUUUACUUGGUAUCAAUAGGGACAGGGGGCCACAAGCCCGCGCUGGAGAGCUUCGGGGCCGACCAGUUUGAUGAUGAUCACGCCAAGGAAAGGAAGAGCAAGAUGUCCUACUUCAACUGGUGGAACUUUGGGCUCUGUUCGGGGCUCUUGCUCGGUGUCACGGUCGUUGUCUAUAUCCAGGAGCAUGUCAACUGGGGAACUGCCGAUAUAAUCUUCACUGCGGUGAUGGCCUUAUCUCUUGUCAUUUUUAUUGCCGGAAAGCCAGUCUACCGCUAUAGGGCACCAAUCGGGAGUCCGCUAACGCCAAUGCUUCGGGUUCUUGUGGCGGCCUUUGCCAAGAGAAACCUUCCUUGCCCUUCGGAUCCUUCAGGAUUGUACGAGGUAGCCAAGUCGGAAAAGACCAAGGGAAGGCUCUUGUGCCACACCGACAAGCUCAAGUUUCUUGACAAAGCUGCUAUUAUUGAAGAUAACGGGAACCCCGUUGAGAACAAGCAAUGCUCUCGGAGGCUAGCAACAGUGACUCAAGUCGAGGAGGUAAAGCUGAUCCUCAACAUGAUCCCAAUUUGGCUAGCCACACUCCCGUUCGGGAUUUGCGUGGCCCAGGCAGCCACAUUCUUCAUCAAGCAGGGGACAACGCUGAACCGUGACAUUGGCGGGUUCCUUAUCCCACCAGCCUCGAUUUAUGCCCUGGCAGCAAUCGGGAUGAUCAUCUCAGUCACGUUCUAUGACAAGGUCCUGGUGCCGGUCCUAAGGCGGGCCACGGGGAACGAGCGGGGUAUCAAGAUACUCCAGAGGAUCGGGAUUGGGAUGAUCUUUUCGGUCAUCACCAUGGUGGUGGCGGCCCUGGUGGAGAGGAAGAGGCUCGGUAUCGUCAAGAGCAAUGCCGAUAACAACCUCCCUGAGAAAGGGUCAAUGACAAUGAGUGUGCUCUGGCUGGCUCCACAGUUCCUCAUCAUCGGGUUCGGUGACGGAUUCGCCCUAGUAGGCCUGCAGGAGUACUUUUACGACCAGGUCCCGGACUCCAUGAGGAGCCUGGGAAUUGCAUUCUACCUGAGCGUGAUCGGGGCUGCGAACUUCUUGAGCAGCUUGUUGAUCACAGCUGUUGACCGCAUCACCGAGGACCAUGACGGGCGCAGUUGGUUCGGGAAGGACCUGAACAGCAGCAGACUGGACAAAUUCUACUGGCUGUUGGCAGUGAUGACACUGGCGAACCUCUGCUUCUAUGUGGUCUUGGCGAAGAGGUAUUCCUACAGGAGUGUGCAGAGGAGCAGCUCUGUGGCUGUGGCCGACUGCUAUGACAAGGAUGCCGAAGAGGUCUGAUUGGGCUCACUGCCUUGGAAUUAAUUUGAUAAAAUAGAAUAUAAAACGUAAUGUGUCUGAUUACAAAAUAUGUAUGUUUUGGUUCCAUUUAGCUUUGAUUAGGAGUUUGGUGAAUGAAUAUGCUCCUUUUGGAUGAACAUUGGGGGGGCCAUUGUAGUGGGCAUUUGAUCGUAUACAUUAUUACAUUUUGAUGUUCUUCUUUACU